AUGGAUAUUGAUCAAAGCGGCGGAGCUGAUGACGAGUCCUCCAGGCAAGUACAGGUCCGCUUCGUUACGAAGCUAAAACCACCGUACAAAGUGCCGCAAGCUUCUAUCUCCAUACCAGCCAACCUCACUCGUUUUGGCCUUUCUGCUCUCGUCAAUAAUCUCCUUCAAGCUGCAAAUGAGGAUUGGGAGUCGGAGCCAUUCGACUUUCUCAUCGAUGGAGAGCUGGUCCGAAUGUCGCUUGAGGAGUUUCUUCUUGCUAAAGGCAUUUCUGCUGAAAAAGUACUUGAAAUUGAAUAUUUUAAAGCUGUAGCUCCAAGAAAGGAAGACGAACCUUCUUUGCAUGAUGACUGGGUUAGUGCAGUUGACGGUUCCAAUGGCGGGUAUGUUUUUUUAUCAUUUUGUUUACUACAUCAUAGAAUAUGGAGAGCUGCUGGGGUAUGUACACAUGAAUUAGACGGACAUUCUGGCCCAGUUACUUCUGUUUGUAAUGUGACGCCAAAGGCUGUGAGUGGCAUUGAUCGGAUUGUUGCUUCUGCUUCUAAAGACAGGACAUUAAGAUUGUGGAAUUUUGCUGCAGAGGAAUCUCUAGAUCAACAAAAGAAGAUUAGAGCAUUUAAGAUAUUGAGGGGUCAUACGGCUGCUGUUCAGACCAUUGCAGCAGAGCCUUCUGGUGAUAUGGUAUGUUCUGGCUCGUGGGAUUGUACUGUCAACUUGUGGAAUGUAAAUGCUUCCGAAUCCAAUGGCGGUUCAGUUUCAUUGAAGAAAAGGAAAACGAAUGCAAACAAUAUAAUUUGGUCCUAUGAUCAUCAUCUCUUUGGUUUACAGGGAGAGGCCAUAACAACAUUGGUGGGGCAUACACAAGGUGUAUCUUCUGUUGUCUGGCCUGAACGUGGAACAAUUUAUUCAGCAUCGUGGGACCAUUCUAUCAGAAAGUGGGAUGCCGAGAUAGGCAAAGAUUCAUUAAGCAUAUUCUGUGGCAAGGUCAUCAGUUGUCUAGAUAUUGGAGGUGAAAGUUCGGCCCUCAUUGCAGCUGGUGGUUCUGAUCCCGUUAUCCGAAUAUGGGAUCCUCGCAAGCCAGGAACUUUGUCUCCUAUAUUCCAAUUUUCUUCUCAUAAUUCUUGGAUAUCUUCUUGCAAAUGGCACCCUAAAUCUUGGUUCCACUUGGUCUCUGCAUCAUAUGAUGGAAAAGUGAUGCUAUGGGAUCUGAGAACUGCGUGGCCACUGGCUGUGAUUGACACACACAAGGACAAGGUCUUUAGUGCUGACUGGUGGAGACACGAUACCGUUAUUAGUGGUGGUGCUGACUCGAAGCUUCGCAUUUCUUCUGGAAUAUCAGUGAUGUGA